CAACCCCGAACACGACAGCAAAUCCGGCGACUUGCCCCACCGGCGAAUUCUGCUACAAUGACGGCACCUCGGACAAUUGCUACGCGGCCGCCAAAUGUGCCACUCUGAACGCCACCGCCGGCUUCACCAAGAGCGCAACCCCCGCCGUCACCACCACCGAUCCUGCCACCUGCACCGCCCCGGAGGCGUGCUACAACGACGGAACAAGUGAUGCGUGCUACACGGCUGCGACAACCACGAUGGCCACAACCGCCGGUUCGACGGUGGCCACCGGAAGCACCGCCGCGACUGGCUCCACCACCGCCUCUGGCAAUUACUCCGGAACCUGCGUUGACUCCAACACCAACUGCGCCACGUGGGUUAAGAACGGCUUCUGCACGAGCACCGUCUACACCACCGAGCAAAAGGGAUCGUACUGCGCCAAGUCGUGCAACCUGCAGCCGGCCUGCGCUGGAGGCGGCGGCGGAGCUGUUACUGGCUGUGUCGACAGCAGCGCAAACUGCCCCACCUGGGCCAGGAACGGCUUCUGCACGAGCUCCUUCUACGCCAGCCAGCUGUCGACGUGCAAGAAGACGUGCAACAUUUGC